AUGAAAAUAUUUUAUUAUACACUUUUUACUAUUAUAUAUUAUUCAAUACCUUUAUGUAUCAUUAUUUUAUUUCUUUAUUUAUUUUUAAAUUUAUUUUCAUCACAUAUUCAUUCAAUAUUUUAUUAUAUAUUUCAUACAAAAUUACAUUUUUCAUGUAAAUUACAAAAACCAACAUUACGUUUUCAUUUAUAUAUUGUACAAUAUCAUCAAAGAAAUAUAGAACAUGAAAAACAUUCAAAAGAUUCAUUAGUUCUUGAUUUAACAUCAUCAAUUUAUGAUGAACAAUCGCCUAUAUCUCUAAAUGACACAAUUGGUACUUAUGAAGAAAAUAGUAGUAAUCAGCCUCCAAUAACAACAAGUAGUUGUGGAAUUGUAAAUGAAUCUGAAACUAGUAAACUGUGA